GUUGGCGGGGCGGGGACCCUUGUUUUAGCGCGGCGCGUCGCCCGCGCGUCAACACCAUGGAUGUUCAUGUCAUUGCUGUGUACCCGCCAUGUUCCCGAACGCUACAAAGAAAGUCGCGAGGACGUACUCGCGGCAGAAAACGGCCGCGGUGGGAUGACGAGUCGCCUGUUAAGCGCAGACGCGUCGAGCGCGCUGAGGGGAGGGAUGUGUGCUCUGCGAUACUUGCGCCUACAUCGCCUUCUACAGUACUUGCGCCCGCAUCGCCUGUGGGAUGUUCGUCGCCGGCGCGUUUGAGCUCCGCGCGGGUGAGUUCCAGUCCACAACCGUCGCGGCCGACGUCAGAUGUACCGACUUCAGAUGCACCGACCUCAGAUGCACCAACCUCAGACGCACCAACCUCAGACGCACCAACCUCAGACGUGCCGACGCGAUCCUCCCCCCCUUCGUCCCCAGCGCUGGCCAGCUCGCCGCCGGCAGACGCAAGGCGACGCCCGGUAUUCUCACUGUUCCGGCGAAACCUCAAGCACAGCGUCUCAGCACCCGCAGCGCUGUCCGAGCGCAACCGCGACACCCACCGCACGCCGCCACCGCCGCCGCCCCCAAAGAAAAAGCGCAUGGUGCAGAUGCAACUCGACCUCGCCAGCCAGCACCGCAAAGCCUGCCGCACAUGCGGAAUGGAAUACAUACCCUCGAACGCGGCCGACGUGGCGCUGCACAACAAGUUCCACGCCACGAACCGCGGCGGCGUCGACUGCACGAAAGCCACGGCCGCGCGGCUGCGGCAGAAGCAGGUCUGGAGCGGCGACGGCGGGUUCGUGGCGGUCGUGGGGCGCAGGGAUGCGACGGCGCUGCGCAACAAGGCGAGCGAGGUGUUGAGGGUCGUGAAUGCGGAACUCGCGGCUGUGCCUGUCGCGGAUGGGGAGCUGUGGAGCCAGACGACGCGGGCCGAGGGGGCUGCGCUGAGCAAGUGCGAUAGGUUCAAGGUGUAUCUUUACGUGCGCGGGCAGAAGUGCGUGGCGGCGUGUCUGGCGGAGAGUAUUAGGGAGGCGUUUACUGUGCUGGCGCAAGGGGAUGUGUCUGGCGCUGCGUCUGGCAAUACAUCUGGCAACGCAUCAGGCAAUGCAUCUGGCACUGCGUCUGGCAAUGCAUCUGGCACUGCGUCUGGCAAUGCAUCUGGCACUGCGUCUGGCAAUGCAUCUGGCAAUGCAUCUGCCACUGCGUCUGAGCAACAACCAUCGCAGAGCUCGUCAAUUUCCGUGAGCACAGCAGCAGACACGGUGCUCCUUGGCAUCUCGAGGAUCUGGGUGUCGAGCCAGUUCCGCAAGCAGGGGCUGGCACGGCGGUUGCUGGACGUCGCACGCGGCGACUUCACGUAUGGGUUGACGGUGGACAAGCGCCUCACGGCCUUUAGCCAGCCGACGGAGAGCGGGGGGAAGCUCGCGCGCAGCUACUUUGGCUGCGAGGCCGGCUGGCAUGUGUACAUGGAUUGAGGGACAUGGAUGAGGGACAUAGAUCGAGGAAGGCUCGGAGCUGGAGGGAGCCGUGGGCCGAGUUGAUAGGAUGAUACGAGGCUUACCGUGGUGACGCAGUGUCAAUGUGCGCCGACGCAGUGCCAAUGUACGCAUUUGGAGGCCUAACAGUCGCAAUUUGCAUUCAAGCACGCAGCAGACCAAUCAGACACGGCUGUGCGGCCAGCAG